UUCCAUUUUUGUGUGUGAAAAGUUGAACUGUUUAAAGCAGAACAUAAAAGUGUAAAGUGCAAAAAGCAGGUGAAAUUCACAAAAAACUAGUGUUUUAAUUAAAUUAAUACAAAUUAAAAGAAAAAUAUAAUAUAUUAUAAUGCAUAAAGAUAGUUACAUGAGUAGAUCAACUAAUAACGGCAUGGAGGAAUCGCCUGAUACAGAGCAUUUGCGAAAAUUAUUUAUUGGUGGCCUUUCGCCAAUGACCACAGAAGACUCACUUAAAUCAUUCUACCAACAAUGGGGUGAUGUUACGGAUGUUGUAGUCAUGAGAGAUCCAGUUACUAAACGUUCCCGGGGAUUUGGUUUUAUCUCAUUUGCCAAAUCUACAAUGGUCGACCAAGCGCAAGCUGCAAGACCUCAUAUAAUUGAUGGAAAGACUGUUGAUGCUAAACGAGCUCUUCCCCGUCCAGAACUAGAUAAACCCGAAGCAAGUGCUACUGUGAAAAAAAUAUUCGUUGGCGGAUUAAAGGAAGUUCAUGAUGAGCCAUGUUUGGAAGAAUACUUUCAACAAUUUGGAAAUGUUGUUGGAGUUAAGAUUUUAACAGAUAAGACCACGGGUCGCAAACGUGGAUUUGCAUUUGUGGAAUUUGAUGAUUAUGAUGCAGUUGAUAAAGCAGUAUUAAAGAAAAACCACACAAUUAAAUAUGUGUUCGUGGACGUCAAGAAAUCUGUAUACAAACAAGAGGUAAUGCGAAAACACCAACAACAACAACAGCAAGGACCCGGUGGUGUGGUACCGCCAAAUAAUGGACAAUAUGCAAUGCCAAAUAAUAUGGCACCUCCACCACAAGCAUAUGCCAACAAUGGCUGGGGAAUGAACAGCUAUGCAAAUGCCUACACACAGCCACCACCGGCAGGCGCUGUUCCUCCACAAGCUUACAGCUAUCCACCACAGAACGCCGCCAAUGGUUGGAAUGCUGCUCCGGCGCCAUACCAAGGAGGUUGGAAUCAGGCACCAGCCUAUGGGCCACCUGCUGCAGUUCCACCUCAAGGUCCACCUGCUGGCGCAGCACCACCCAACAGUUGGGGACCUGCUGGUAAUUUUGGCAGUGAGUAUCAACAAGCUUAUAAUGGUGGUCCAACAAAGGCCGGUAAUUUAGGUGGAAAUCGUAUGAAUCCUUAUGGUGUAACGGCAGGAAAUAAUUAUGGCACCAUUCCACAGAACACAUAUGGUUCUGCUCAAGGCUACUAUAAUUCAUAUAGUACACAACAGCCUGCGGCGGAAAGUUAUACACCAGUUAAAAGUAGUGGCGUCUCUGGACAUGCAUCAAAUCGGCAAUAUUAAGAAUAUAUUUGCAGCGGGCUACAAUUAUUAAACAGAACCCCCCGGUAAAAAAGGAAAACAAUACUCAACCAGGUAAGUCUGUUUCAUGGUUUCAGCUUUUUAUUCGGCGCUGUGAUGUGAUCGUUUGUUGAUGUCAACGUUAUUCAGCGCCAAAACUUUGCCAGACCAGAUGACUUCUGGAUAUAUUGUUAAAAGAAAUCAAUUUUUUGUGUACUCAAAAGAAAAAUAUUUAAACGAAAAAUAUACAAAAAUAUUUUUAUAUAAGAAA